GGGAACUGCGUGAGGGCGCUUCCGGGAGACGGAGCCCGGGGCCGGGCAGGGACCGGGCAACAGCCGCAGAGCCGCCGGUUUGUGCCGCAGGAUGAAUGUCGGCGUGGCGCACAGCGAGGGGAACCCCAACACGCGGGUGAUGAACAGCCGGGGCAUCUGGCUGGCGUAUGGCAUCUCCGUGGGAGUCCUCCACGUGGUUCUCCUCAGCAUCCCCUUCUUCAGCGUUCCCAUCGUCUGGACGCUCACCAACGUCAUACACAACCUGGUGAUGUACUUGCUGCUGCACACAGUGAAGGGGACCCCCUUUGAGACCCCAGACCAGGGCAAGGAUCGCCUCCUCACACACUGGGAGCAGAUAGACUAUGGGAUGCAGUGCACCUCGUCACGCAAAUUCCUCAGCAUCUCCCCCGUGGUUCUGUACCUCCUCACCAGCUUCUACACGAAAUACGACCCUGUGCACUUCAUUGUCAACACAGCCUCCCUGCUCAGUGUCCUCCUGCCCAAGCUGCCCCAGUUCCACGGUGUGCGGGUCUUUGGCAUCAACAAGUACUGACGCCCGGAGCCAGGGGAUGGGAUACUGCAGCCGUGGUGAGCGUGAGGAGCACGGGGCAGGGGCCACUCUGGCUUAUAGGCAGGGUUUUAGGCAUGUUCCUCCAUCUCUGGGGGCUCCUGGCUGGGGCUUUAUCUCUUUGGUGAGAAGUGCAGCCAAGCAGGUGUGUCAUGCAUUUCCUUUGCGCAAACCUCCAGGAAGUACCUCACCCCACACAGCAUCUGCAUCGCUUCCAACUGUACUUUUAAUUUAACAAAAGUGAUGAGAGGCACACAA